AUGGUGUCCGAGGUGGAGCGUCAGCUGCGGCUGCUGCGAGGCAGCAGCAGCAGCAGCAGCAGCAACAAGAGGGGCAUAGUAUCUUUUAUGUACGAUCCAAGAGAUGCAGCAUUACUAGAUAUGCAUGCAGUGCAGCAAGCAGCAGCAGCAGCAUUUGAAUUGCUGCAGCAGCAGCAGCCGCUGCUGCAGUUAUUUCGUUUUUUCUUCUCUGAGGAGUAUAGAUGGCAGCAGCAGCAGCAGCAGCUAACACUGCAGCAGGAGCAGCAGGAGCUGCAGCAGCUGCGUCUUUGCUGCUCCCUCCUCUCUCCUUUCUUCCUAAGACAAGAGGCACAUUGCUGCAUCGAGUUGCUGCUGCAGCAGCAUAAGUUGCAUGCAAGAGCAGCAGAUAUGCUGCUGCUGCUGGGGGUUCCCUACUAUGAUACUUUGCUGUUUAGUCGUUUGCUGCUGCUGCUGCAGCUACCAGAGAAUUCUCCUUGGUAUCCGCUGCAGCAGCAGCAGAAGCAGCAGAUGGGGAGGCCUAUUACGCUGCAGCAGAUGCAGCAGCAGUUGCUGCAGCAGAGAGGUGCUUGGCAUGCAGUUGCUGUUGCUGCCGCUGCUGCGCUGCAGCCAAUGCAGCAGCCGCUGCAGCGAUGCGGCAUAGAAAUACCACCAGAGCUUGCUGCUGCUGCUGCUGCUGUUGAUGGUCACCUGCUGAAUGCGCCGCUGCUGCGGCUAUUUGCUGCUGUAGGGUCUGCUGCUGUUGCUGCUGCAACAGGACUGCAGCAGCUAAGACGUAUGGUGCCCCCGCUGCUGCAGACAGUCUUUGUUGCUAUGCGCGGCUCUUCUGCUGCUCCUGCUGUUGCUUCUCGUGCUGCUGCUGCUGCUGCAGCAAUCUACCCCGAGGUGCAGGAGCAAGUGCUGCUGUUGCUGUGCCAACUUGUAUCCAAGGCACCGCUGCAGCAGCAAGCGCUGCUGCAGAUCUUUAGCUGUGUUGUGCUGCCUGUGCUGCAGCAGCAGCGGCAGCAGCAGCAACUGCAGCAAAGUAUCCAGAUGGUAGAGGUGCUGCAGCUCAUAGCGCAGCAGCAGCAGCAGCAGCUACUCCUGCUGCAGCGGGAGCAGCUGCUCUUACUUACCAAGUGUAAACAACUACCAAGGGCAAUUCAACAGGUGUUGUUUGCGGGGUGUACCGACCUCCGCGCCUUCUUAGGGUUAAUCUUCCGUUCGGCGCUGCGGCUGCUGCUAGCAGAGACGCAGCAGCAGCAGCAGCAGCAGCAGCAGCAGCAGCAGCAGCAAGGAGGAAUGGAGCUGAGUCCUCUGGGCAAGCAAAUGCGGAGGCUCUUAUUGAUACUAUGCUCCUUGCAGCAGCAGCAGCAGCAGCAGCACAAGCAGCAGCAACAGAAGCAGCUGCAGCAGCUUGCUGGUGCUGCCCCGCAUGCAGUGUGUAUAGCCUUAGCUAUUAUCGACGCCUUUUAUGCUGCUGCUACUGGUAGCAGCAAAGACAGCAACAGUAGCAGCAACGGCAGCAGCAACAGCAGCAGCAGCACCGGCUGCAGCAGCAACGACGAGGCGACACCAAACAUCACAAAGGAAAGCAGCAGCAGCAGCAGCAGCAGCGAGCUGCCUUGCUCCAUCCCCGCUAACUUUAGGUUGCUCCUGCAGCAGCUGCUGCAGCAGCUGGAUGCUGCUAAUCCGCUUGCUCUUCCUGCUGCACUGACUAUUGCAGCACAGCAGCAGCAGCAACAGCAGCAGCAGAAGCUGCAGCUAUUCCUUACCACUACGUUUAAGGGAUUGGCUUCUGUUGCGCUGCAGUUGCCGCUGCAGCCUGCUGCUGCUUCUCCCUACAGCAGCAGCAGCCGCAGCAGCAGCUCACUGCUCUUCGCUCUAGGCUCCGAGGAUGCGACACUUCGGCUGCAAGCAGUCCGCGCAGCAGCUGCUGCACUGCAGCAGCAGCAGCAACAGCAGCAGGAGGAGGAGAAGGAGGAGGAGGAGGAGGAGGACUGCAGCAGCGAAUUGCUGCAUGCAGAAGCAGCAAAAGCAGCAAACAGCAGAUUGCGACUCUUGGGGUUUUUGCUGCUGCAGCGGAUAACAGAUCAGGAUCUACAAGUUGCUGUUGAGGCAUUGGAGGCGCUGCCGCUGCUGCCGGUUGCUGUUCCGUUUGAGGAGCGACUUGCUGCUGUGGCUGGGAAGUUGCUGCUGCUGCAGCAGCAGCUGCUGCAGCAGCCGUUUGUAUCAGCAGCAGCACGGCCGCGCUCAGUUGCAGAGCAAAUGGCGCUGCUGCUGCUGAAGACACAGCAGCAGCAGCAGCUUUGUGUGCUGCUGUUGCGGCGGUGCGCUGCGCUGCUGAAAGAGGGACGCGAGGCAACAGCAGCAGCAGCAGCGGCUGCAGCAAAUGGUGAAGAUGCAGAGUUGGACGACGCCGUAGAAGAGCAGCAGCAGCAGCAACGGAUGCUGCAGCAGCACGCCAGUCAAGUAGUUCCUCUCGCUGUCUGUCUGUAUGCCGCUGCGGCCUCGCUGCAGCACCCUGCAGCAGAUGCUGCAGCUGCUGCUGCCCCAACAGCAGCAGCUGCUUCAGCAAUAAGUAGUGCAGCUGCUGCAGCGGAGGAGCUGCUGCGGGAAGCAGCAGCAGUGCUGCUGCCCGAGGAGAAAGACAAAAUAACAACAGAAGCAGCAGCAGACGAAGCAGCAGCAGACGAAGCAGCAGGAACAGCAGCAGCAGCAGCAAAUGAAAACGGCCCCAAUCGUCUCUUUAUUCGGCUUGCAUGGGCAGCACUGUGGGGCCCUGCAGCUGCAGGGCAACAGCUUCCUGAAGUAACAGCAGCAACAGCAGCAGCAGCAGCGGAAGCAGCAAGCAGCAGGCACUGGCUAGUCUCUGCUGCCUUGCUAGAGUUCCUUGUUAGCACUGCCCGUCCCCAUGCUGCUGCUGCAGCAGCAGGGGCAGCUGUUGUAGCUGCUGCAGCAGGGAAGGCAGCAGCAGCCGUUGCUGCAGAUGCGACUGCAGCAGCAGCUGCUGUCAAUAUUUCUUUGCUGCCCUCGUCGAUGCCGCCGCAGCUGCUGGUGUUACAUGCAGGGAGAACCUACGAGGCAAUCCUACUUGCAGAGCAAAAGCAGCAGCAGCAGCAACCACAGCAGCAGCAGCAGCAGCAGCAGGUGAGUGCGUUAGCCCUGGGCGCCGUGUCUUCAUUCUGCAGCCUCCUUGCCUCAGCAUUGCUGCCUAGCGAUGCAGCGGAACUAACAGCGCAGCUACUCUCGCAGCAGCAGCAACAACAACAACACCAGCAGCAUCACCAGCAGCAGCAGGUGGCAGCAUUACGUGGGCUACUGCUGCUUGGUCUAGCAGAUGCAGAAGUCUUCUCUCAGGCUUUGUCUUUAAUCGUCUCUCGCUUAGGGCGGCAGCCGCUGCUGCUGCUGUCGCUUCUGUCUGCUGCUGCAGAACAAGCGCAUGCAUGUCUCUGCAGUAGCAAGAAACAGAAGCAGCAGCAGCAACAACAACAACAACAGCAGCAGCAGAUGCAGCAGAUGCAGCUGCAGAUGCAGGAACUUGACGGCGAAGAAGCCAGGGAAGAAACAGCGUCGGAUGGUCUUCAAGAACCCAACCAACAGCAACAGCAGCAGCAGCUGCUGCAGCAGCAGCAGCAGCAGCAGCAGCAAGUGGAUGCCACCGUGCCGGUGCAGGAGCCUGCUUUGCUUGUUGAUUGCUGCGUUGCUGCUGUUGAGCUGCAGCUGGAGGUCCUUACUGCAUCUCCAGCAGGAGCAGAAGCAGAUGCAGCAGCAGCAGCAGCAAAGACGCCGGCAGCAGCAGCAGCAGCAGCAGCAGGGCCCUUCCUUGCAGCACAGAGCGUGGUGCUGCUGGGGUCUCCUGUCGAGGCAAUCCGUGCUGCUGCUGUUGGGCUGCUGCGACAGCUGAGAUACCUUGUUGCCGCUACAGACAACAGCAGCAACAAAGGCAGCAGCAGCAAGGGUGCAGCAGCAGCAGCAGCAGCACAAGAGGCCCUUCAGCUGCUGCUCUCUCUUGGCCUGGUAACUCCUAAGUGGCUCGACUGCGGCAGCAGCGCCGAGGUGCAACAGCUGCUUAACAAUGCGAGGCAGCAUUUUGCUGCCUUUGCUACUGAGGUGCUGCGGUCCCCGCUGCUGCCAGUUAAGCCUUUGCAGCAGCUGCUGCAGCAACAGCAGCAGCCUUCUCGUGGGGCAGCAGCCUACUUCGUGCUGCUGUUGCUGCUGCUGCCUAAGCAGCAGCAGCAAGUCGUUCUUCCCCUACACCGCCUUUGGGAACCGGAGACAUUGCUACAGCAGCUGCUGCCGCUGGCGACCGAUUUGCUGCUGCUGAUCCUCUCCAGCAACAGCAGCAAGUUCGUGGAGACUGCAGCAGCAACAGGAACUUCAGCAGCAGGCGAUACGGAGUACGUGCUGCUGCAGCUGACUUGGCAGCUGUUGCAUCAGCUUGCUGCAGGUGAUUCAGCAGCAGCGCAGCAGCAGCUUGCUGCAGGGCCAUGCAGCAAGUUGAUAGAGUCUCUCUCUGCCGCUGUUGUUGCUGCUGUGCAGCAGCAAACAGCAGCAGCAACAGGAGAUGAGAACAUUCCACAGCCGCACCUGCCACUACCUGUGCUGGAUGCCGUAGGUGAGUUGCUGCUGCUGGUGCAGCACCAGCAGAUGCAGUUCAUGCCGCAGCAGCGGCUGCAGCUGCUCCUACAACUGUCAUCUGCAGCAGCAGAUUGCCCCGGCCUUGCUGUAGUGCUGGGCAGCAAAGCUGUUGGCGCUGCACCAGCAGACGCAGCUCCUCUGCCGCCGCAGCAGCUGCAGCAGCUUGCUGAGCAAAUAGGCGUGGCAGCAGAUGGCACUGCAGCAGCAGCAGCAACCACUGCGCGCAGCAGCAGCAACAGGAGCGCGGCCGAUGUCAUUUUGGCUGACCUACUUGGCGAGCUGCUGCAGCAGCAACAGCUGCGUCCCACAAUACUGCAGCAGCAGCCUUACACGCUGCUGCUGCAGCUCGUGAAGCAGAUCUUUGCUGCGCUGCAGCGUAUUCAAGCAGCCACAGCAGCAGCAGCAGCACCAGCAGCAGAUAAGGAUGCUGCAGACAAUCGCCGCCGCGUCGUUGCGCAGCUCUUCUUCUGCUGCAGCAGCCAACUGGCAGCACUCCGAACUCGUAUGUUGCUGCAGCACAGCAGCAGCAGCAUCAUCAUCUCCUCCGAGGACGAGCAGGAGAUGCAGGAGGUUUUCCUGCUGCUGCAGGGCUGCUGCAGAGCCCUUGCUGAGCACCCGCAGCAGCUGCUUGAUGCAGCAACAUUUGGUGCUGCACUCCGCUGCUGCAGUGCAGCAGCAGACUUAGUAAAGGCGCACCAGCAGAAGCAGCAGCAGCUCGUGAAGCUGCGUCGCCUGCUGCUGGAUGUCCUCAAUUGCUGCUGCAGCAGCAAUCCAGUCUUGCUGCUACAGCGGCCGGCCUUGGCCGCCAUUUGUGCUGUGGUGCACACCGUAGCGGGCAUCGAGCAACAACAGCAGCAGCAAGUUGCUGCAGAUGCGGAGCAGCAUGAGGACGGCAGCAACGGUAGCCCAGGAGAGUUUGCUGCUGAAGCAGCAGUUUGCUGCUUAGCCCCUGUUGCUGCUGUUGCCUUCUCCUCUCCGCUGGAUCAGACGCUGGAGCAGAGGCAGCAGGCAGCAACAGCACGGCAACAGCUGCUGCCGACUGCAUGCGCCAUUGCACAAGCAGCAGGGGCUGCAGCACUCGACGGUUGUGUUGCUGCGCUGCUGCUGCAAUGGGAGUGUGCUGCUGCAGCACGAAAGAAGGAGGCGCGUCAGCGGCAGCAGCAGCAACAGCAGGAGGAGGAUGACGAGGAGGCAGCACCAGACCAGGAAGAAGAUGAUAACAACAGCAGCAGCAGCAAGAGCAGAACGGAGUGGGAAACACGCCAGGAUGCAUUUAGGAGCGUGCUGCAGCUGCUGCUGCAGCAGCAGCAGCAGCAGAAGCAGCAGGAAGCUGCUAUGUUGGAGCAGAGAGUUGCUAAGCUAUACGGCUUUGCAUUGUUGCUGCAGUGCCAGUGCAGCGCUCUUGCUGCCGCCGCUGCUGCUUCAUCGCCUGUGGAGGCAGCUGCAGCAGCAACAGCAGCAGCAGAGAACUUUAAAGGUGCAAGGGAGGUUGCUGCUGCUAAUGGCUUCCUGCAGCGCAGCAAGCAGAUGCUGCGGUGUACGUACACCCCUUGCCAUACCUUAUGGGUAUCUCAGCUGCGGUCUGCUGCAGCAAAAACAGAAGCAGCAACAACAAGAGCAGCAGCAGCAGCUGCUGCUGUAACGGCAGCACGGGCAGCAAUAAGCUGUGUUGCAGUUGGCGUUGAGGCGUGGAGACACAGCAACAGCGGCAACAGCAGCAGCAAAGAUGGAUUCGCUGCCUCUGUAGAGUCCCGUGCUGCAGCAGCAGCAGCCGUCCAUGCACUGCUGGCCUUGAGGGAGAAGGGCGCUGUGCUGCUGCUGCGGCGGCAGCAGCUGCUAGGGGGAUGCGCGCAAGCAGCACUAGAACAGAAACUCAGUGCGGAUCUAAUGGAAGUAGAUGGACCUGCAGCAGCAGCAGCAGCAGCAAAGGCAGCAGCAGCAACAGCACCAGGAGACGACCUGCUGCUGUCUCUGGAAGGGUUGGAAUCAGCUGGCGCACAGCGACUGCUGUUGCUGCUGCAGCACAAAGUUGUCGCUGCAGCAAAGGCAGCCAUUGCAGCAGAAGCAGCAGCAGCAGACAAGAAGCAGCAGCAGCAAAGAUCAAAGAGACACCGUGCUGUUACUGCUGCGGUUGCUGCUGUUGGAGGACGAGGCUGGAGAGAUUUGCUGCAGAGUUCUGUUAUUUCCCGCGAAGACAUCGCACGUGUAUACGAUGGUUUCCUCCGUCUGUUAAAAGCAUGCAGCAGCAGCAGCAGCAGCACGACAGUAGCAGCAGUAGCAGCAGCACUGCAUCGGCAGGCAUGGCGGCUGCUGCCGCCACUGGCGUUGCUGUCUGCAGCACAGCUGCCUGCGCCAUUCAUAACACAUGCAGUGCCUGCUGCGCUGCAGGCCCUUUCUGCUGCUGGCACGUUGCAGCAACAGCAGGUGCAGCAGCAGCAGCAACAGGUUGAAUUGCUGCUGGAGGGAAUGGUAGAUGGCUGCAAGCUAUUGGUAGCUCUGGGUCUUAGAGUAGACCCAUGCUACUCUUUGGGCAACAGCAGCAGCAGCAGCAGCAGCAUCAGAGGCUGCAGGGGACCCUGCAGCAGCAGCUGCUGCAGCACGUGCUGCUGCAGCGCCAGCUGUGUCUCCUUGCUGAGCAGCAGCGGCCAGCUCGUUAUGCUACUCUUUGGGCAACAGCAGCAGCAGCAGCAGCAGCAUCAGAGGCUGCAGGGGACCCUGCAGCAGCAGCUGCUGCAGCACGUGCUGCUGCAGCCGCAGCUGUGUCUCCUUGCUGAGCAGCAGCGGCCAGCUGCAAUGCGCGGCCUUUGCCUUGGCGAUGCAUCGGAGUUAUUAGGUGAUGCUGCAACACAAGAUAGACAAGAAUUGUUGCUGCAGAUGCUAGGCAUGCAGCAGCAGCAAGAGCAGCACCAGCAGGAGCAGCAGCAACAGGAGAAACAGCAGCUUCUACAGAAGCCAGCAGACCCUAUGCAUGCUCUUGCUGCUGCUCUACUCUCCGCAGCAAAGCCAGCAACUGUGCUGCAGGCUGUCUUAUCGCAGCUGCGCAACACAGGUGCUCUCCUCGCAUCAGCCUUCAGCAGCAGCAACAGCAGCAGCAGCCACAACAACGACAGCAACAGCAGCAACAGCAGCGUUGCUGUUACUUCCUUCGAGCUGUCUAGACAACUAGAGCUGCUAGCCAUGGCUGUUAGCUGCCUACCGCUAGCUGAGGCACAAAAACGGCAGGCUGUGCUGCAGCAGCUAGCACUGCUGUCGGGGCAGCUUGUUACUGCUGCUGCAACACAUUUCCAGCAGCACCAGCAGCAGCAGCAGCAGCAGUUGCAGCUGCGUGAGGCGGCAGUAACUCUUUAUGGAGGCCACAUAGAACAGACCCACGCGGUGGCUGUAUGGGGAAAGACAACAGGAGCAAUGCUGCAGCAGGAGCUGCAGCAGCAGCAGCAGCAUGAAGGAGCAGCAGCAGGAGCAGCAGCAGCACUGCAGCCACUGCAGCGGUCAUUUGUAUGGCGUGUUGAGGCAGCUGCUGCUUCUCUUGUUUGCUGCUGGGCUCUUAAGCAUGAUGUGCAGCAGCUAAGGGAAUGCAUGCACCAGAUGCUGCAGUUGCUGCGGUGCUCUCGGCCGCUCUUGUUGCAGCCGCAGGAACAGCAACCGCAACAGCUGCAGCAGAAGUCGAAGCAGCAGAAGCAGCAGCAGCAGCAACAACAACACCAACAAGCAGCAUCUGUGUCGCUGCAGGAAGCAGCAGCAGCAAGACUAUAUGGUUUAGUUAUAGUAGAGCUGCUGCAUGCAUUUGGUGAAGCAGGAGCAGCAGCAGGUUUGCUGCAGGAUGCAGCAGCAGAUCUUGCUUCUACAGUUGAAGCAGCAGCAGCAGCAGCCCAGCACAAGCAGGAGCAGCAGAUUCAAACUGCUGCAGCAGACAGCAGCAGCAGCAGCAGCAGCAAGGAGGCCUGGUGGAUCUUCGACAUUUGUUCUCCUGCAUUGGCUGCCUUAGGAGAAGGCCUUCGCUGCUGGAAUAAAAAGGCAAACGGUCCGCUGUCGGAGGUUGUGGUGGAGGCAGCAGCAGCAGCAGUUGCUAAUGGCCUUCAAGCCUUUAGUGCUCUUACUCCCCUUCCUCUUUCUGCAGCAGAUGUAUCGUCUACAGCAGCAACUGACGAGGCCAUUGGUUCUGCAGCAGCAGCAGCAGCUGACAGCAGCAGCAGCAGCAGCAAGACACGAGGGGUCCUUAUGUCGCUCCUAUGGUUUCAGCUGCUGCAGCGCUUAGCUGUCCCUCUCUUUGAUUUGUUAUUCGAAAACACACAACAGUUGUCUACAGUGUGCUAUAAGAUACUGGAGGUGGUGCAGAAUCCUAGUUGGACAAGCGGCCGCAGCCGCAGCAGCAGCAACCGCAGCAACCGCAGCAGCCGCAGCAGCAGCAGCAGCAGCAAUAACGUGAUUCGUGGGUUUGUGCUGCUGCUGUGGCGGCUAUGGGCAGCACAUGGAGCAGCAUUUGCUGCAUCAGCAAUGCCUCUGUUCUUAGCAGCAGCAGCAGAACUAGUAGAGACAGCAGCAGAAAGAGACAGUUUGCUGCUGCAGCAGCUGCUGCGGGAGAUAGAAGAGAAGACAGGGAUGUCUCUCUAUGACAAAUAA